CCUCCAUGCAAAGUGUCAGCUGAAGACUAACUGGGACCCCCGUCAACCGUCUGAGAACACGGGCAGCAUUUUAAAAAGCAAAAUACAACACCGAGGCGACUAAUAUCUACUGAACACCGACGACUUGACAGCUCCGAAACAACACAAGGGAAUUAAAAACAGAGCCGGAGGAGUAGAAGUCAAGCUAGGGCAUCAUCAGCAACGAUAGGUGGGACCUGAAAACAUUGUUGGACACCUGUGACAACCACAAACGGCCUGCAACCUGCCGCCCCUGCCUUCAAGGUGCCUUUACCAUGGUGACAAUAAAAAAAUCAUACACUUUACAGUAAGCCAGAGGAAGAACCCCUUGUUGCAGUUGCGUUGCCUCACUUUCAGCACCAUCAUCUUUAUCACUCUACUCCCAAGACGGCGCUAAUCCGGUGCAGCCAUGCAUCUGGAAGUGAAGGUCGCCCUCAACUUCAUUGUGUCCUACCUGUACAACAAGCUGCCUCGGCGUCGAGCUGACCUGUUUGGUGAGGAGCUGGAGAGGAUACUGGUUUCUCGUUUUGAGGGUCACUGGUACCCUGAAGCCCCUCUCCGGGGUUCCGCCUUCCGCUGCAUUCACCUUGGAGCGCCAAGGGAUCCAGUGGUGGAGUUGGCCGCCAAGAGAAGUGGACUGGACACAGAGGAGGUGCGCGCCAAUGUUCCCGCGGAGCUCAGUGUGUGGAUCGACCCGUACGAGGUAUCCUACCAGAUUGGAGAGAAAGGGGCGGUGAAGGUGCUCUACCUGGAGGACCCCCCAGGCCUCGGGUGUGACGGUGAGAGGGUGGAGGGGGUGAUGAGAGAAGGAAAAGGAGACGCAGAGGCGGAGGAAGCAAAGAGUCUGGGGUUCAAUCCAGAUGCUCAGGUGUUCGUGCCAAUUGGAAGCCAGGCGUCUCCCGCCCUCAUGCCGUCGCUCUCGAGCUCUCCCACACCUCUGUCCGCCCCGUCAUGCCCCGGGCUCUUCAGCUACCCGAGCUCCAGCACACCCACCGACCCAGCCGCCCACUCCUCCAACACCUCCACCCCUUCUCCUCCCAGUGGUGGGCUGCCCUACCUCUCCACUCAGCAGCCGCCCUCCGCCCUCCCCACUGCCCGUCCCCAACCCAUCACCUUCACCACCGCCAGCUUUGCCGCCACUAAAUUUGGCUCGACCAAGAUGAAGAAGUGCAGCGGGGCCAGUUCGGCAGCUAGCUCCGGCGUGGCGGUCGGCGUGCCACCCGCCCAGAGGAUGCUCACCCGCUCUCCCACCACCAUCUCGGCUCCUGAGCUACUCAAGCACAAGCCGCUGUCUCUCUCCUUGCACUCCCUCGGAGGUCCCAUCCCCAGCCAGCUCUCCCCCAACGCCAAAGAGUUCGUUUACCCAGGUUCCCCAGGCCCCCUUUACUUCGACGCUGACACCCAGCCCAUGCAACCUCACGCCAGCCCUUUCCAACCCCCCCACACUGUCAGCACCCACCCGUCCUUCGACCCCUUCUCCAGCCCUCCUCCAGCACAGAGCGUGGGCAUCAUCGGCAGCAGCGGAGGAAUCUCCUACAUGGAGAAGCCGCCGUUUGUUGAGGGUUUAGGAAGCUACAACCUGCAAUAUCCCAGCCAGUCCUUCCAGCCUGUUGUGCUGGCCAACUAAGCCUUCAUUUGUAAUGAGAAGAAUUGUUGUAGGAGGAGUUGGGUUGAGAACAGCAAUGCUCCAGAUAUUUUCAGUUUUUCUAACAAAUUGUUCGAAUACUAAUACAAGCUAAGAAUUAGUUUUAUUACAAAGAUUUAAAAUACCACGUCCACUGAAUAUUUCAUGUGACUUGUUUUGUUCCCUCAUAACCCUCGACCCCACCCCUGCACUUUUGUCCACUGCUGUUACUCGUUACACGUUUAAGUGUGUUGGCUUUGAUGACCGGAGCGGGUCGGGGUGAUGUUACCUGUCUACCUGCAGUCGUUGCCAAUCUCUUCUGUUUAUUAUUUUGCAUUGAAUGUUUAAAUGUGGGAGACUUGUUUUUUUUUGUUUUGUUUUGGGUUGGUUUUUUUUGGACUCGUAGUCUAAUGGACCCGGCUCUAGUAAAGCUCCAUUUUGCACUGCACUGUCAUGCUGUGAAAAAGGACCUCGCCAAGUCCUGCAGGGAACGACGGCUGUGGAAAGCUCAGCACUUUGCUCUGCAAUCUGCUCUGCCCUACUUGCCACAAAUACAGAGAGGGGGGCUCUGCUGUCUCUGUGUGUGUAGUCCUGUUCUGUUUUGUUGUGGCUCAGCGUGAGCCAGAGACUCAGUGUUUGUACGGUGGGCCCAUUACCCUUGAAACACACGUGUGCAUGGGCACAAUUUGACUCU